CUCACCUUGACUGUAGGUGGCAGUGUUAUUUGUACACCGUGGCUGGAGUAAACAGAAGAGCUGGAAAGUGAAAUUGUUUUAGAAAUCGGAGCCGUAACUGAUAAGAAAUGAUAUCAGACUUGAUAAUAUGUGGAACUCUCCUCAUGAAUGCAGGGGCAGUUUUAAACUUCAAGUUAAAAAAGACGCAAGAAGAGGGAGCAUUUGGUGCUGAACGGGAUCCAACAGUUGGAGACAAGGUCCGGAGCUUCCUGCUGAGUCUCCGCCACCUCAGGAUCUUCAUUGCCAUGUGGAACAUCUUCAUCAUGUUUCUUAUGAUAGUAUUCUUUGGCCAUUGAGGAAAAUUAAGGAGAGACUGCUGACAGGAGUUGCCUCCCUUGGACUAGGAGUCUCGUCCAGACAGCUGCAGUUUUCUCCCUUCAUGGUUACAGGGUUGUGACUUAAAGAAUUAAGCUGACAUAUCUUAUGGGAAGCCUUUCAAAGUCUCAAAGAGCAGACUUUUGAUUCCAGGUGGAAUACUCAAUAGCAGUAUAGCUAAGAACUUGAGAGGUUGGGUAUUGCUGGAAAGAGGCACUAUCUUUAAGUGGCAUCUUUGAGAGUCCAUGGAAAGUCUGUGGAAUCAAUGGAGGGCCACAAAAACUGUGUUUGGGGUGGGUGGGUGCAUAAGGGUAUGUACAAUUUGUGACAUGGCCUUGAUAGAAAAUGAUAUUGAUUUGGGACUUAUUCUUGAAGACAUUACUUUAGAUACAUAGGAGGGCGCGGGUGGUCCCGUGCUCCAUUCAUCUAAGGCGCUGCGAUUCACUGUGCAGAGUUGCGUCCCUUUGGCACACCAGAAACCUAUAAUUGUGGGUUUGAAUCCCGGUUUUAGGUUUAUCAGCACCAUACCCGUGCUCGUGGGUUUCACCGAAGUGGUAAACGUCUGAGACCUGCAUCACUUUGGGCUUUCCUCCCAAAUUAAGCUGACACGCUGUGAUAUAACUGGAAUUCUGUUAAAAGCAGCGUUAAAACCAACUCACUCAUUCACUUUAGACACACAGAGAGGGCCAGUGUUUGUGGCUGAUUGACCAGGUUUUUAGAUCUCUCAUGGAUGAAAUGUUCUGAACAUCUGUACCAAUUCUUUAUUGUUUUGAUAAAUACUUCCCAGUGUGUGAGCGCUAUUGCCACCAGGAUGAGGAAGUGUUAUGUUUGUGCUAGAUGGUAGAUGGGGUUCCUGUGCUACUUCUGCAGGGCAUGUGUAAAUAUGUAUGAUACACACACUGUAUGUUACACCAUCAUGCAUUUCCUUGUACAUAUCAUUAAAAAUAUAACAUUUG